GAUGUCGUCACAUUUUCUUGGCCUGUCUCGCCGAGCACCUGCGGGAGGAGCGAGGAAUGAAGGAGGAUGGACAACAACUGCAUUGAGAUCGUGCGCGCGCUGCCACGCCAGCUGGCGGAGCACGUGCAGAGGGAACGAGGAAGGAAGGAGGACGGAGAGCAAGCUGCCUCUAUGUAUAGAAUGCACGCGCUGUCACACCAGGUGGCGGAGCACUUGCAUGAAGAUCGAGGAAAGACGCAGGAGGGAGGGAACGCAGCUUUGAUACUGAAUGCAUGCGCUGUCACGCCAGCUGGCGGAGCACAUGCAGGCCGAAGGACGGGUAAAGGAGCACGGAGAGAAAUCUAUCUUGAAACAGCAUGCAGGCGCUGCCACGCCGUCUGGCGGAGCACAUGCGGAGGGACGAGGAAGGAAAGAGACAGGAGGCAGAAUAAUAUAUGGAGAGAGCCCAGGCCCGAGGGAGAGAAGGCGGAGGAGGCUGAGACGCGGGAAAAGAUGGGGCGCGAGCAGCAAGCUCCCUGCUCCGUCUCCUCCACGCGCUGGUCGAAAGCCAUCUGCCCGAUCAUGAGUAGAUCCAGAAGUCUGGCACUAUAUCAGCUUGAGCAAGCAGGCACGGAAGCGCAAGCGGGAGACUUGAGCCCGAAAUUCACAAAUCUGUGGUCUCUGCCGGCAUGUCGUGCUCUGCUGCCUCUGCAGCUGUCAAGGCUAUGCACACUCGUGCGGUUCGGGCGUCCAUUGAGGUCGCUCCUUAUAUAAAGCAGGGCUGUGCACCCGCCUCGCCGGAGGCUAUAAAAAUUAGUCCUCGCCCUCCCAGCCGAAGAGCCCCCAGCAGACGCGUCAACCGGCCUCGGGAAGGAGGCAUGGAGGGAGGAGGCCGGGGCAGGGUCCCCUCUGCCCUCCUCUUCUCCCCGCCCCCGUCGUCCCG